UGUACUGUGAUGAACACACACCUGCCACAUUGUUACAAUUCUGCUCCUGGAGAUAGCAGCACGCUGUCCGGUAUGUUAACUUCACGGUACAUCAGCAGUAGCUGUGUGUUGAACUGGGCCAGGUGCUGUGUGCUGUUGGCACGCUCAAAGCGAAUUCCCAGUGUGUUUCUCGUGACAUCCAAGCACCGCACGCACCACCGUAGUGCUACCAUGGAGGGCAGCGCACCUGAAGACAUCGCUGUCACAAGAUUCAGGGAGUACCUCAGGAUCAACACAUCCCAGCCAGCGCCAAACUAUGGUAAAGUUAAAAAUGUGUCUGCUUGUCAUUUUGUGUGCUUGACACUGUGUUGUUGUUGUUUUUUUGUCUGUCAAUUAGGACAAAGAUCAGAACUAACUUGAACUUCUCUGAGAACAAUCUUGUAGUCUAUUGAGGUAGAAGAGUAAUACACGUAUCGAUACAAUUUGUUUUCUUAUAAACGAUACAUUGACGGAGUCGUAUAAUGCAGUACUCGGCUAUUUGUAUCCACCGUCUACGACUACUAGUUUAAAUGACAAUUUUAAGGAACAAAAAAAAAACAAAAAAAAAACAAACCCAAAACUAUUCCAAAAACUGCACCUCGUCUAUCAACUCUCAGAUGGUUCUUGGAGUGUCGACCCAGAUUGCAUUGAGGUCAAAGUUCGCGGUGUCAAGCAGAAAUGCCAACCAUGUCUAACGACAAGGCCUUAAUGUUAUAAUUAUUUAUUUUUCCUCAGCUUCUUGAAUAAAUUACGCGUUUAGUAUAUGCCAAUAGGUUACAUUGUUUAAUUUAAUUUUCUGCUUAUAAAUACAUCAUGAUUAUAUCCUCUGUUAAAUGGCGAGUUGUAUCCACAUGUGGCUGUGUGAAAAUGUUAAAUAUGUGGCAUAUACAUCCAGGGGCGGACCUGUAAACAUUAUGUAAAAUGACGAAGCUUUCAAGAUGAACACUUAGUAAAACAAUACUAGACACUGAACACUGGGUAAAACCAUACACACUGAACACUGGGAACCAUACACACUGAAAACUGGGUAAAACAAUGCACACUGAACACUGGGUAAAACAAUACACACUGAACACUGGGUAAAACCGUACACAUUGAACACUGGGUAAAACAAUGCACACUGAACACUGGGUAAAACAAUACACACUGAACACUGGGUAAAACAAUACACACUGAACACUGGGUAAAACCAUACACACUGAACAAUGGGUAUAACAAUGCACACUGAACACUCGGUAAAACAAUACACACUGAACACUGGGUAAAACAAUGCACAUUGAACACUAUGUAAAACAAUACACACUGAACACUGGGUAAAACAAUACACACUGAACAUUGGGUAAAACUUUGCACACUGAACACUAGGUAAAACAAUGCACACUGAACACUGGGUAAAACAAUGCACACUGAAAACUGGGUAAAACAAUACACACUGAACACUGGGUAAAACAAUGCACACUGAAAACCUGGUAAAACAAUGCACACUGAACACUAGGUAAAACAAUGCACACUGAACACUGGGUAAAACUUUGCACACUGAACACUGGGUAAAACAAUGCACACUGAACACUGGGUAAAACAAUGCACACUGAACAUUGGGUAAAACUUUGCACACUGAACACUGGGUAAAACAAUGCACACUGAACACUGGGUAAAACAAUGCACACUGAACACUAGGUAAAACAAUGCACACUGAACACUAGGUAAAACAAUGCACACUGAACACUAGUUAAAACAAUGCACACUGAACAUUGGGUAAAACUUUGCACACUGAACACUGGGUAAAACAAUGCACACUGAACACUAGGUAAAACAAUGCACACUGAACAUCGGUUUCUAACAAUUUUCCACGCUUGGUUUAUUUUUUUUUUAAAUUUUCAAAUGGCUAAAGCAUGGGUUAUUUUUUUAAACAACACUCCCCCAGCUAAAUCAUUGCUUACUUUUUAAACAAUAUUCCACUGGCUAUAUAAAACUUGAGACAUUUUCUAAACAACAUUCCACUGGUUAAAACCUGGGAUAUUUUUUAAACAAUAUUCCACUGGCUAUAUCUAGGUGUUUUUUUAUUUUUUUUUAUUUUUCGUAGUGCCCUUUGGGACUUACAUCGACAGCAAUAAAUUCUAUGUAAUUAUUUCCUCUAAACGCUCAAUUAUUUAAAUGACUUCGAUCAUUGGGGGGUGUGAGAGGAGGGAAGUGGGGAUAUAUUUGUGUUCAAUAAAAAAAUCAAGUUAAUCUCAUUGUAGGGCCUAAAUAUCAUUAACAAAGGUAGAGACCUGUAAGCUAAUCGUUAAAAUAAGACAGUCGGCGUCGGGGGGACGAGAGUAAUGUGAGCGCUGUCACAAACAUUUUUUUCACGCGCGUAUUGACUAGGAGACUCAGCACAGCACAUUUCGGAAUGAGCAACCCGCCACAAACGUUCCUGGAUGAGCAACCUGCCACUGGACGUUCCUGAAUGAGCAACCCGCCACUGUGUGGUGAAAAGUGAAAAGUCUUAUGUUAGUUAAUAUCGAUGAAUGACCCUCGUAUGAGUUAUCACCUGCUCGUGUCUAGGGUUUUUAAUUAAAGAUUCAUUUGAAGAAAGGGACGUAGUCUCAUACGUAUACACCUAUAUAAAUAAAAGUGACUUAGUCUUACGUAUAUAAAAAAAUUUUAUGCAAAGAACAUAGUCUAAUUCAUGUACACUUUUAUAAAUAAUAAAAAAAAGUAUUCUACAACCAAUUUUAUUAAAAUAAAACGAACCUAUUUAUCUAAAUAAAAUUUACAAAACUUCAUUGAAAUUAAUCUUAAAAGCAUAAAAAUCAAAUAACAUGUGUAAUGAAUAAGAUCACAUGUAGCAUAUAAAUGUACCAUCUCGGUUCUAUAGACUAUGGAAAUUUGCCUCUCGUAAUAACCUGACAUUUCAUCAUCAUUACGUAAUUUCAUUGUAACAAGAUAGAUAUGCUCUGACCGGUCACAACUUACCUUAUCAAUCUUUAAUAAUAAUUCCCGAUUUGACGUUGCCCGCGCCACUCAAUGCAUUUUAACCCUCAUUGAAAUAGAUUUAAGGCUAAACUCCCUGAACUAAAGCCUUUACAGUACAAAAAAAAAUACAUUUAAUUUCAAUUUUUAAAACAUUUGUUCCUAUAAUUUUCAACGUACUAUUCGCCAUACCCAGGGUAAGUGGGGGGGGGGGUCCAAAUGGCGCUCCAAAUCCCCUAAUGCUUAACAGAGCAACCACAAGUCGGCACACAGCACGGCACACAGCACGCUGGGUAUCGUGUUUUUUGUCUGCUUUUGGUAUAUACGUGUUCAAGCGCAAGAUUGUUGAAGCUUAUGCACCUCCUAACGUAUUUGAUACGUUCAACGUGGUUGCGUUGCCCCAGAUUGUAUUAUUAUAAUUGAUUAUCUGGAUUUGAUCGAUCAAAAAAUGAGAUCACUUCUCAAUUUGACAACCAGAUUGGGCGUGAGAAUGCUUAUUGUUUACAUUUAGAUUCAAAAUAACAACGGAAACACUGGCAGAAAUUAUCUUCAAUAAUAAAGUAGGGAAAAUGACACCAUCAAAAUGAAGUAGAAAAAAAAAAUGACACACACAAUAAUAUAGCUGUAUUGAAAUAAUCAGAAUGGUGUAGCCAUCUAGUUCCCUAUGAUGCCACUUUUCAGAUGACGUUAUUUGAUCGCACCUACUGUUGUUAGUUUCAGCUUAGAGAACCGGCGUCAAAACUUGAUCCCAAUCAUUAUCCCCAACAUUCGAGCCUGGGCUCCGGUUAUCCGAAUGUCAACGUGGACGUCCCAUUGCGAAGUUGGGCAAACUGAAAGCACGGUUGUAAUGUACUCGGGGAGUUACAAGGGUACAGCACGGGGCGUAACAGUUUUUUUUUUUUUUGGUUGAAUUUGCAGCGCCGUUAUGGGCGUACAUGCAAUGGGCGUGACCUCGGUUAAGUUAAUGGGGAGGAAAAGUUUAAUGUUUUAAAAACAAUACAUAAAAAAAAAAAAAAAAAAGAUAUCUUUUUAAAACUAUUUUUGAAAUCUCAGCUUCUUUUAGGCUAACCAUGAUCAUUUUGUCUAUAUAGCUCUAAUGAUAGUGGCAAUAAACCAUUGUAUGAAUAUAGCUCUAAUUAAAGUGGCAAUAAAACAUUGUUUAUAUUCCUUUCAUGAUAGUGGCAAUAAACCAUGGUGUGUGGAUAUAGCUCUAAUUAAAGGGGCAAUAAACCAUGGUGUGUGGAUAUAGCUCUAAUUAAAGGGGCAAUAAACCAUGGUGUGUGGAUAUAGCUCUAGUGAUAGUGGCAAUAAACCAUGGUGUGUGGAUAUAGCUCUAGUGAUAGUGGCAAUAAACCAUGGUGUGUGGAUAUAGCUCUAGUGAUAGUGGCAAUAAACUAUGGUGUGUGGAUAUAGCUCUAGUGAUAGUGGCAAUAAACCAUGGUGUGUGGAUAUAGCUCUAGUGAUAGUGGCAAUAAACCAUGGUGUGUGGAUAUAGCUCUAGUGAUAGUGGCAAUAAACCAUGUUGUGUGGAUAUAGCUCUAAUUAAAGUGGCAACCAACCGAAUGUGACCAUUAGCUCUCGUGGCUACACGUAUUUAGAUUGGUUUCGCGGAUUACAAGCUAUACAUAAUUUUUUUAAGUUAUUUUUUCUGGCCCUAUCCCCAUGCCCCUAUCCUCGAUGUCCCUAUCCCAAAUGCCUCUAUCCCAAAUGUCCUUAUCCAAAAUGCCCGUAUCCCCAAUGCCCCUAUCCUCAAUGCCCCUAUACCCAUUCCCCUAUCUCCAAUGCCCCUAUCCCAAAUGCCCCUAUCCCCAAUCACCUAUUCACAUCUCGCUAUCCCUUUUUGUUGUACGUCGCGAUGAGUUUCAUCUUAAUACCAACAAAACUUUUCUUACAGCUGAAGCCACGGGUUUCUUCAAAAACUACGCCCUUGAACUUGGCUUGGAAUUCAACUCAAUAAAAGUAAGGAUAGCUUUAAUUUUACAUGAAAGAGGUGGGUUAGCGGCGGCAGUACACACGUCUAGUCUAUUAAUACCAAUGCUUGCUUUAUUACCAGUCUGCCACACCACCACAUCAUCACAUAACCACAUUGCCACACCACAAAAAUGUCUCAUAACCACAUUGCCUCACCACCACAUGAUUACGUAACCACAUUGCCACACCCCCAAAAGGUCUCAUAACCACAUUGCCUCACCACCACAUGAUUACGUAACCACAUUGCCUCACCACCAAAAGGUCUUAUAACGACAUUGCCUCACCACCACAUGAUCACAUAACCAAAUUGCCUCGCCACCACAUGAUCACGUAACCACAUUGCCUCACCACCACAAGAUCUCAUAACCACAUUACCUCGCCACCACAUUAUCACGUCACCACAUUGCCUCACCACCACAUGUUCACAUAAUCCCAUUUCCUCACCACCACAUGAUCGCGUAACCACAUUGCCUCACCGCCACAUGAUCACGUAACCACAUUUCCUCACCACCACAUGAUCACGUAACCACAUUACCUCACCACCACAUGAUCACAUCACCGAACUGCAACCCACUCCACUAAAAUAGAAUGCUUUAAGUUAUUUUUCUUUUUUUAGAAGAACAAAUCUCACUUCAUCGAAUGUUUAUGAUCUUUAUCAGUUAACAGAGAAAAAUAGUGUGGACAUUCUGACCUGGGAAGGAACUGACCAAUCGUUGCCUUCUUUAAUGCUGUACAGUCACAUCGACGUUGUGCCGUCAUUUCCGGUAUGUAAUGGAGGAAAAAUGAUUAUUUGUCAUUUGGAGGAUUUAAAUUAUUCCAAAAUUAAUCCAAAUAUUUUUUAUAAAAAUAUUUUUUAUUUUUUCUAACACAGACACGAACUGUCCCAAAGUCAUAUGAUAUUCGCAUUGUGAUGCCCUUCAUAAGAUAAUCCAUAUGCACAUCAUAUGAUAAUUCUGUAUGAUAAAGUUAAAAUUUAUUCUAGCUUAUUACAAGUCAGCCAACGCUUAUCCGGAUUGUUAUUAUACGGACUACACCUGGUCACACUUGGUCCGGAAAGUCGAUUUCCCUUUUUGUUUUACAAAUAAAAUUAAUACUGUUAGAAUGAGAUGAAAUGUAUUUUUUAAAAGGCAGUUUGAGACGUAGUACCCCUUUAUCAAAUAUUUAUAAUCUCCGCCUCUGCCAAUGAUCAAUCACCUGAAUCCUAUUAUAGAAUUAUGUCAGUCUGAAGCUAAAUGCAUUCUUUGUAUGCCCGUCGCUAGGAGCACUGGACGUACCCGCCAUUCAGUGCCCACAAAGACGAACAUGGGAACAUCUCCGCUCGAGGUGCACAG